CUCACUUUCCCAACUUUCUCUCCUUCACCCCUUUUUAAGUUUUCAGCUUCCAUCUUCUCAAAUUUCAAUCCUUUCUCAAAAAUCUAAAACAUGCAAGUUCCUUUGAUCGACAGAAUCAACGAUCUUCAAGUGGGUUUGAAUUCUCUGCAGAACCCAUCAUUCCCUUCUCUUUCUGGGAUCCAAUCCGUUUCCAUAGCUUACAAUUUCUGCAAAUGGGGUGCUGUAAUUCUCGCUCUAGUGGCCACCGUCGGCAGCAUCAUCAACAGAGUCACCAUUUUAAUUAUACGGUUCCGCAACAAGGCUCCUUCUCUUCCUUCUCUCUCUUUUGAUGAUGACGAUGAUUUCAGCAGCUCCGAUGACGGCGAUUACAACGACGAUGACGUAACCUACUCGUCAUCGGAAUCCGAAGACGAGCCAUCUGUGUCUUCAAGUUUUCUUCGAUUGGAUGAGUAUUUUCGACUCAGAGGUAGUAGUAGCGGUCUUCAUCAAAACGACGACGAGUUUCAGACUCAAAACGGCAUACAUAAACGAUGUCGUAGCAUUGGGGAUAUCUUCUUCCUUUCAGAACUCGCCAACAGCGAAAGCGUCGUCAAGCUCUGGGACAGCAUAGGAUUCGGACUGGGGUUAGAUUUCGACGAUUACGAGGAACCCCUCAUUUCAACUUACGAAACCAACAAAGGAAAGCCAUCGCCGCCGGCGACAUCCACGGCGUCGCCUGCGGUGGUUGUCUCUGCCGGUGAAGGCGCGUGCGGUAAUCUGGCCCUGGAGAUUUGGGACACGCGCCUCCGCCGGCGGAAACCGUCUGUUGUUGCUGAGUGGGGGCCCACCAUGGGAAAGACAGUUCGCGUGGAAUCCGGCGGCGUGCAGAAGGUUUAUGUCAGAGAUGACGGCCGUCAUGGUGUGACAGUUGGCGACAUGAGAAAUGUAAGCACGCCGUUAGGAAAUGUGACGGAAUCUGACGCCAUUAUUGUUUCGGAGGAGUCUUACGGGGAACAGCAAUCAAUGUUGCACCAACCAACUUGAAUAAUUGCAAUUUCUGUUUGGUGCUGAAAAUUUAAUUAAAAAGGAGAAAAAAAAGGCACGAUUUAAAAAAAUUGUUUGUUUGUAUUAUUUGAAUUAAAGUUUAUAAUUGUAAAUUAAUAAA